UUCCUCACCCCGUACCUGCUGGGGCCGCACAAAAACCUCUCCGAGACCCAGGUAUUCAACAAGAUCUACCCGGUGUGGACUUACUCCUACCUGGUACUGCUGUUCCCGGUGUUCCUGGCCACGGACUACUUGCGGUACAAGCCCGUGGUCCUGCUGCAGGGUCUGAGCCUCAUCGUCACCUGGUUCAUGCUACUGUACGCCCAGGGGCUGAGGGCCAUCCAGUUACUCGAGUUCUUCUAUGGGAUGGGUACUGCCACCGACAUUGCCUAUUACUCCUAUAUCUACAGCGUCGUUAAUAUCAACCUGUACCAGAAGGUCACCAGUUACUGCCGGAGUGCAACCCUGGUAGGCUACACGGUGGGCUCCUUGUCCGGGCAGGUCCUUGUGUCGGUGGCAGGAUGGUCCCUCUUCAGCUUGAACGUUAUCUCCUUAACCAGCAUAUCCAUUGCCUUUGGCACAGCGUGGUUCCUGCCAAUGCCGCAGAAAAGCCUUUUCUUUCACCAUGUCUCAAGUCAGCAGCUCAGUUGGGAAAUGAAGGUCAUGGACUGUAAAAAUGGAUCAGCUGUCCAAGAUCAUCCCAGUGUACAGAGGGCACCUGGCUGGGAGGAUGAGACUAAAGUUCCCUUAAAUGGGGAAGGUCAUUCAGCAGAGAAACAGGAGCAGAAAGUAGACAUCAUAAAGGUGCUCAAAGACCUCUGGCAGGACUUCCUGCAGUGCUACUCCUCCCGGACCAUGCUUUGCUGGUCCGUGUGGUGGGCACUGUCCACCUGCGGCUACUUCCAGGUCAUCAACUAUGCUCAGGGCCUGUGGGAGAUGGUGCUGCCUUCUCAUAGCACAGAGAUCUACAAUGGUGCCGUGGAGGCAGCCUCCACACUGCUAGGAGCUGUUGCAGUUUUUGCUGUGGGUCACGUAAAAACGUCCUGGGCAAUGUGGGGUGAAGUGGCACUUGCCCUGUUCUCCUUUCUCAUUGCUGCUGCUGUAUAUAUCAUGGACACUGUUCGUAACAUCUGGGUGUGCUAUGCAUCCUAUGUUGUCUUCAGAAUUAUCUACAUGCUGCUAAUCACGACAGCAACGUUCCAGAUCGCUACAAAUCUCAGUGUGGAGCGGUAUGCCCUGGUGUUUGGAGUCAACACUUUCAUUGCCUUAGCACUUCAGACUCUGCUCACUUUGAUUGUUGUGGAUGCCAGUGGGCUUGGGCUGGACAUCUUCACCCAGUUCAUGAUUUAUGCCUCUUACUUUGCGGCCAUCUCACUGGUGUUCUUGGGCAGUGGCAUAUACAGUAUUAUAAGAGCUUACAGAAGACAAGAGCAGAUGCAGAGCAGAUCUCCUGAAAGCCAGUAG